CCCCCACCACCCGUCGUCGUCGUCGUCUUGCCCCCCGCCACCAAAAAUCACCCCAUCGCUCCUCUUCGCCGUCUUCCCUGGUGACCUAUCGAAUCGAUCAUCUAUUUUAUUUUUAAUCGUCCAUUUCGCGUAGCAGGUCCACAACUGCCAUUGCUAAACAUUUCGUUGACAGCCGCCGAUCUGGGUUACUUCUCUCAUACAUUUGUGCUCGGGAUCUCCUCUACAAAUCGAGCCUCCUCAUCUAGUUGUUUUGAACCUCCCAUUUCAUUUGAUUUUUUCUAUGAAGAUUGUUCUUCUUUUCUUAGUCCGCAUUACGAAAUCAUGUGUGUAAAAGUUGGAUAUGUUUCAAUAACUUAAUCAGGCUUCUCCAUCUAUUCUUAAGCACUAUCGUUCCUCAAGUCAUCAUCUUCUCUAUCAAUAUAUAAUGCGUUUUAUCAACACGACUAGCUUUUGCACAGCCAGUAUAAAGCGCAUGAUUGCUCGGCUAACUCUUGACUAUACUACCGUUUUUGUUGUUGAUUUGCUCAUCAAGAAAGAAAACGAAUUGCUUGUUGCAUAAACGCCUCUAUCGAUCGAACUACCAUUGCUGCUUCCUUGCGUGGUGUAUCUGAUCUACUCACGCAGUGACUGUUCCAUCUUAUCCAAGCAUAUUUCUUGAUUGGUUCUCAGUUCUCGCCCAUUUUCUAUCCCUUCGGUUGAAAUGACACGUUGGCCUUCUGCAUCUGGCCUACUUAAAGGCAUCUUCAACAUUGCACUAUUCUAAACCGUAUCUUUAUCGAUCAUUUUUGAAAUUUACUGCUGAUCCGAAAUUUUAUUUUUCAGCUACAGCGGCGCGCGUUCCUGCGCAUAUUCUCUCUACUGAUUUCCGUCUUUAUUAUUCUAUUGAUCUAAUGAUUUGGGUACUUGAUUGACCACCGAUAUAGUACCUUUCGCAUGAAGAAUGGUGGUCAUUGUCGCUUCACCACCGCAGAAUCAAAACGCACGCUCGGCAGUGACCUCAACGUCAUCAUCAUCGCAUACGACUCGUGACAUCGGUCGGGAAAGUCGCCACGUCUACGUUUCAGGAUUACCUGAUUCUGUAUCUGAUGAACGUAUUAGCGCCUUCUUCUCAACCUAUGGUCGUGUUCAUCAGAUCGAGCGAACUUGUGAUGGAAUCGUCGUGAGUUUCAUGGACGUACGAUCUGCUCAGAAGGCACAUGCCGGCGAUCAUCGAUUGGAUUCCGGACUACCUUUCAAGAUCACGUUCCACGAACCUGGCGCCGCCAAAAAUGGCCUUAUGACGUCAUCAUCCCUGUCGAACACAUCCAACGGUACUGCUUCACCGAAGUCUGCUGCUGAAAUCUCUCGAAGACGUUCUCCGUCUCCUAGAGGAAAAGAUAGCAGCAGGACAUCGCUGCCUCGAUUGAUGUCGGGCACUGGAAAACGCUUAGUUCGAUCAGAAGGUCAUCGUCGGGAGCAAGGGAGAUCGCCUGAUUCUGUAAAUCUGUGUGGGCCUUUGGGUCCAUCUGGAAGCUCCUCAUCGAUCUGCACACCAACAAUUCCGUCGGGGGGACUGCAGGGUGUGUACGUGGAGCGACUCCCGCCUCGUAGUGACGGAACGGUGAAAGAAGCGUUACGAGAUGCGCUCAAAAAACAUGGCCGCAUCGUGGACAUAUCGAUUGAAGGUGAUGGGGAUGCCCGCAAAGCGCUUGUCAUCUUUCAAAGAGUGGUCGAUAUGGAGAAACUCGUAAAUGAUUCUCACAUAUCCAUUUUAUCGAUGCGAGUGCGAAUUCGAGCAGCCAGUCAUGUUGUUGUGCAGGAGGCAUACAACGAUUACCUUUCUCUCAACAGCCCAGCAGGUAGCGGAGCCGUUGUUAGCGCUGAUAUCGAUCUUCCAGCAAAGUACGCCUCUCCCAACGGCACUCGAAACGAUGUAGAUGUGUUUCAUCCCAAAGCUUCGCGUACACUGUACGUUGGGGGCCUAGAAAGUCGCAUAUCCGACGACACACUUCGUCGACGUUUUGGAAAAUUCGGGACUAUAUUGGACGUCGAUGUGAAAAAUUAUGAGUCGCCUUCGCCUUUUGCUUUCAUCCAAUUCGCUGAUAUAGACUCUGCUGUACGUGCAAUAAACGCACAUUCUAGUGCUGGGGUACCUGCGAAUAAAAAGGGGAAGAAAUUCCAGCCCAACUUCGGCCGAUCGAUGACGACGAACAAGUUAUGGAUUGGCUCUAUACCUCCACAGUGCGCUGAGGAUUAUGUUAUACAGAAACUUCGUUCGCUAUCUGAAGGGGUUGUGGACGUCGUUGUAGACAUGCGUGUGCGGCAAGCGAUAGUUGUAUUUUCUUCUACUGAAGCAGCUCAGGCCGCUUUAAGUCGCAUCAAAGCUGGCGUUCCUAAGCAAUUUGUCUUCAAAGUUGAGAGUGGUGAAGCACGUGUACCGGCGGAUUUCUGCUCCGACCGUUUGCACGACCACUUCAUCGACCGUAAACACGGUGGAAUUCCUGUUAAGGCACCGACGGCCCUAACUGGGGUUACUACUAACAGCGUUAGUUCUUUUGCUACCGGAGCCGUUCCGGUAGCGAUAGAAGACCCAUUGUCUGCACUGUUGGCACCACCCCCGGAUCCACCUAGUGAUAUGCCCAGCUAUCGAUACGAACAUCAUCGUGAGCAACGACGUUCGUCUCCCCAUUCACGGCGACGUGAGAGAUCUCGAGAACGAUCACAAGAACGAUGCAGGCAUCGUAAAUCCAAGUACGAUUACGAGAAGGGAUCCUCACGCAAGAAAGACAGGAAAGAGAGGAAACCAAGCGCUUCUUCUGACUCAUCCGCAUCGUCGAGUGAGGACUCGUCAUUGACUAGACUUCGUUCCGGAUCGAACGAUAGUCGAACAUCCAGUCCUCUGUCAUACAGUCAACGAAAUAAAGAUCGGCGACGCGAUGAAAGACGGGAUUUGCGUAAUGACCGAAGCCUCAACGGAAAACCUCGAAACACAUCUUCAUCUCGACGAAGUCCGUUAGACACGCCGAAAUGGAACGACAGAAAGGGACUGCGACAUUCGCCAUCUGUGUCCGAAGAACGCCUUCCUCAGACAACACCGUCAACGGGUGUCACAGCUCCAACAGGGACGGCGACGCCAACUCCAGAUGAUCGAAAAAGUGGUGACAGUGGGUUUUACGAUGAAGUUUCGCGACCACCACUUGAUCCACCGCCGGCACCUCCACCAAUGGAGUCGCUACCACAUGUGCCUUCUCCACCGCCAGCUGAUCCACCAGUUCGACGAAGAUCGCCACCUUCUAGAUCAAAUUCCCAUUCGCAUUCCAAUCCCCACUUUGUAUCUCCACCUUCUACUUCCCGUCAUGACUCGCAAUCCAGUCGCCAUCAACCACAUCAUUAUGGUCACGAUGCUCAGUCUAUCACCGCUCAGCAUCGUCACCAGUCCCUUUCAUCCGGACCGGGGCCAUCGAAUGCCACUCCAUCAAGCUGUGGCACUCCGAAUCCAUCACAAAAAAGGCACUCAGUCGAUGGUCAGUCAUCACAGCAUACGCGUCCGCAUCCAUCUUCGCAACCGCCGCAUAAAACUCGGGUGGGAAAAUGGCCGUGGAGCGAGCUUCUGAGGAAUCCUUGCGUCUUUCCUGAUAAUACCAGCUUGACGUUGCCCGAUCCGCGAUCGACCCGCAAUGACUCGCUGUCUCGAACAAUGUCCUCACAUCUGCCUCUGCCUCCGUUUGCCGGCGCCGACCGUCCACCUCACCCUAUCUCGGGGGAGUGGCGAAAACGGUCUUCUGGAAGUGCAACUAGUGUAGAUGGGAUUCAUGCGACGUCACAACGCAGGGCGAGCGGUGGAUCUGCAACCGCUUCUACGAGUCGUCCACUUACCACUUCUUUAUCGGAAGAGCGACCUCCACAAUCACAUGUCCCAUUUUGCGGGCAUUCAAUCGUGCCGACACAUGCUACUGUCUCAAGAAGUUCCAGUAGCAGCGGUGCAAGUGGCGGGUUGGACAGCGACGCACAAUUAUCACCAGAUGCAGCUCCUCUUCCUCCACCACCACCGUCAGCUUUGGAUCUGCUCUGUGAGCCAGAUGAUGUGCCAAUUCUAGCUGAUGGCUGGAGCGGGGUGUGUUUUUUCCCAGAGUUUGCGUCAUAUUUUCUACAGCGUCUGGCUGAGAUUGGGUCACGACUAACAGAUGUGAACGCUUCCCUGGAAGAGGCGCAUCGCGGAGUGGCGGAACUGGACGAUCAUCACCACCGCCGUCCUUCGGUGUCAUUAGCAACGGACCACACUCCAACGUCAUCUAAGCGCAGAGAAGCUGGAGCGUUAGGAUCAACGCCUCGCACAGAUUCAUUCGAAGAAAGAUUACGAAGCAUCAACCAGAAGAAAAAGUCAUCCUUUGAUGACUUCACGCUGAAUAUCACUCAGGAGCGCUUAUUGGCUGUCAAGGCUUCUGCGCCGGAUCCGUUGGGAGUGGCAACGUUCUCAGGGCUUUCAUCCGCUAGCGGAUUAUCGUCGAGUGGUUUCAGUCGGAAUGCGAGCGGUCAGCGUCCGGCUCUGUCGAUUACAAUUCCUCAGCCAGGGAGCGCCUCUCAUAGUUCGGCCACAACUCCUGCUUCAUCUCGCCUCGAUUCACCCCUAUCUUCUCGCAAAGCAGGAGCUCCAUGCAGCAGUGCAUCUGUAUCGCGAGUACCGCAGUCAGCACCUUCCACAUCGGCAUCCACACCACCUGUCCGUUUAGCUGCUCCACCAACAGCACCGGUUAUCGCCUAUCCGCCAAAUUUCUCCGUUCCCCCUCCUAACUUUCCGGCAACCCCUUCUUCUGCUUAUGCUCCUUCAUCUACUCCCGACUCUCAAACUUCGCCUAUUCUUUCUGCUCCACCUCCUCCACCGCAGUUACAACCGGCAGUGCAGGAGAGCCGAGACGGGAAAAGUCCGACAAGCAUUUCUGGUCAUUGUCCAUCAUCCAGAACUUCAACUGCUCCGAACAAUACGAGAGGAAUGCACCCGGUUUCAAAUGCAUCGUACACCUCAGCGCAAUUGUCUAGUCAUCAGGGGACGACGAGCGCCUCGCAGUUCUCGUCCCAGACACCUGCGCAAGUGCAAUCAAAUCACGGGACAUUGCAGCCUCAGACGACACCAAAGGGUCUGUUAGGUUCUGGAAGAGGACCUCUUUCAACUCAACGAAACGGCAAUGAGAAGAAUCCUCCUCCUCGUCAUGAUUCUAUGUCUGCUUUGAAAUCGCCGGUACCUGGAGUGGCAUCAACUUUGACUGGUAGAUCGCUUUCCGUCUCAGACUCUAGGAAAGCGUCUGUAACACCCGUCGCUCACAAAGAUCCAUCUACUGAAUUGCUUGCUGGAUUGUUCCACAAUAAGCCUCCCACCACCGAUUUCCGUAAACUCCCGAAGAUAGAAAAGAAGCCCUCAGCUACUAGCUCGCACAAUGAAAAAGAACACCAUUACCAAGAGCAGACAAAGAAACAUUCCAACGUGGCUGAUUUACACAAGAAGGAGAAGGACCAUAAACCGCGUCGAAAGGAAGAUGGCUCAUUUGAAACAAAGGAGGAAAGAGCAAAGCGAAAGGAAGCAGAACGAGCAAAGAGAGAGCGCGAGAAAACUAAGGAACAGAAGCGAGACAAGAAGGGGAAAGAUGAGCGCAAAAGACUGAAAGAAGAAGAAAGGGAAAGAGAUAAGAAAAAGGCAAGAAAGGCUGAAAGAGAACGCUUGCGGGAGAAGAAGAAAAAGCAUAAGAAAAAGUCCAAACAUAGCUCUUCCGAUGACGAUAGCUCCAGUGAUGAUAGCGAUUAUCAAAAAGCGUUCAGUAAGCAAUUAGCUCAUCUUGUUGCUGAGGACAGUGGUUCGAGUGCCGGAGCAAGCGGGGGGCUGUCAAUGUACGACCGUGUCAAGAGAAGGAGCUCUGCUGCCAACAAGGACGAUGGUACCAAGAAAUCGGCGGCUCUUCAGCGUUUGAGAGACAAGAAUAACGAGAGGAAGAAUCAGAAGCGCAUCCGAAUUCAACUAGACUCUUCCGACGAGGAGGAUGAUGCACAAAGUUCUACUAGGAAAUUGAUUGACUCGGAAGCGGAUGACUCAUCGGAAGAGGAAGAAGUCAGGGUGGAAAAAACUGAAAAUGCGGAUACCAGUGAUGAGGAGGGUGCGCGGAAAAAACGUGAUUGGUCUACAGAUGACUCGGAAGACUCCGAUGGUGGAGCGCGCAAACAACACAGGAAAGCAAGCAAAAGGACUUCAGACAAACAUGCAAAACAUGUAAGGACUAAAGACGAUGUUUCAUAUACUAAAGAUAAUAAAAACAUAAACAUGGACGAUGUAUUUGGAGCUGAUAGCACUGAUACUGAGAAGCUUCAGGCUGAGGAAAAAGAAAAGAAGCGCAAAAAAGUAAAAAAGGAUUCCUCCGAUGAGAACGAAGCACCGAAAAAGAAGAUGAAGUCAGAUAAAUUGGAUUUCGAAUCGAUUUUCGGUCCGGACAAACCUCAGAAGGCUAAUAAAGCUGAGAAAGAACGAAGAGAUAAGCCACAGCAGCGAGUUGAGAUUGAGAAGAAGAGAGAGAAGAAAGAAAUUCCAAAGAGGAAAGCUGAUGAGCCAGAGUCCAAAUCUGCGAAGCGGCCGAAGAAGAGUAACAGAUCUGAUGCUUCAAGCGACUCGGAUGACGAAACGCCGAAGUCAUCGAAAGUUGAGGAGACACAGGAUAGUCAUACGGUACCUAAACAACAAGACGAGGAGCAGCCUGACGUGAAAAUGGAGCCUGAUGAAGAGAAACACGUCGAUAGUACUCCUGUAGAAACAAAGGUUGCGACAGAAGUAACAAAAGUGGAGCCACAUCAGGACGAAGCCGUGGAGACUGUUACCCAAGGCGAUGUUGCUGAAGCAAAUUCGGAUCCUUCAGCAGGUGCCGCCUCCUUGACAACUCAGGAUGCGCAACCAUCUUCGUCAGAGAGUCGACCAAAACUUCUGACCAAAGCUGCUAUGAAAAUCUUUGUCCCAAGCCAGUCUGCGGUCGCCACAUCAACUGUCUCCGUAACUCAGCCAUCGACGGAAGCCGAUUCGGAGGACGAGUCGACAGAUUAUGAUGACGUCUUCGCUGCUGCUCUCUCAGCUCCUGCCAAUAGUCAGCAAAAUGUGACGGGAUCAACAGGCCUGCCUGUUCGUCGUGCGAGCACCUCCAGCUCUGCUGCAUCCGAACCGGAAGAAGCGAGCGAGUCUGACUCUGACUCUCAGCGUGUACGGCAUCGCGCCGUGGAACUUGUUGAUGCAGCAGCUGGAUAUGCUAGCGUCAAAAAUGCGGAUGAAGCUAUGUCAUCAUCUGAGGAUGGAACAAUAUCAAAAGAAGACACCAGAAUGGUGUCUCCUACUCCUGUGCAUCCACCAACACCCAAAGAUGAUAUCGCCAAAAGUAGUACUGUUGGUGAAGAAAGAGUUGAAGCCGAGGCAGAGCAUGUACAAGAACAGCUAGAGCAGCGCGAUGAUCAAGCGUCGGAUAGAGAUAUGGAGCACGACUUCGCGGUACCUUCUGCGAAUCCAUCAGCGGCGCAGAAAGAGCCUGUGCGACCCCCGAUUGAUGCAGAAGCCGAGAAGGCAGCUCGUGGUAUAUCGGAUUUACAGGAGACUGAAGACGCCGUGAAAUCAAUAUUUGAUGGCGAUGAUGAGGAGGAGGAGCCGCAAUAUCCCACUUUGGUCUUUGUUCCUGGCAAGAAUGGUGCUGUGGUUGCAUCAGCUGGGUUAUCCACAGCAGCUGAAGUGGCAGUUGCAUCAUCAAGCAUUGCCGUAUCCAGUGAUGAGACCAACCGCGCUGCUGAUGCCAUUGCCCACGUAGACGAUGAAGACGAAGAAGAUGCCGAUGUAGCACCCGGCGACGUUUCAGAUGAACAGCUUUUGCGAGAAUCUUUUGUGGAAGAACCUAUCUUGGAAGAGAAACCUGCUGCAGACAAAAUUUUAGAGGCUUCUGUCCCUGCGACAGAGGAAAGGCCACCUCCCGUAAACGAAACACCGUCAGCGAGUGUCAUUGUGAUUGAAGAUGAUGACGAUAUAGUGGAAGUACCCUGCACACAGUCCUCUGCCAAAGAAGUGGAACCAUCGCGCAGUAUGCCAUCGCAUCAGCAGCCUGCAUCAUCUCAGAUGUCUGCGCCCAUCAGUGUUUCGAUCACGGAUCGGAAGGCUCCUACUCCACUUCAGUCGCCGAACAGGCCGACAGCAAUCGAGCAAGCAGCAUUUGUCCAGCCUGCAGCGGUACAACCACUGAAGGCCUCUCCAGUGCCAUCUUCUGGAUAUGCGUCUGUGUUGCCUAAUGCUGUCACUGGCGGUAUCACUCAAGGUACACCCGUCGUUACACAAGCUGGUCUCCAGCAGUUGUACAAUCGUUUCCAACAACCCGCCUUCACUCAUGCUAAUGUUCUGCAACAACAGCAUCAACAGCAGCAGCAACAAAAACAUCAGCAGCAGCAGAUGUAUCACCAGGUGCAGGGCCAACAACGGCCGCUGUCACAACAGCAGCAGCUAUUCCAGCAACAGUAUGCACAGCAACAGAUUGCGUUGCAACAACAACAACAGCAACAGCUACUUGCGCAGCAGCAGCUUGAACUUCAACAACAACGUGAAAGAGAGCGUGAAGCAGCUUUGCAGAAGGAGCGCGAGCUGCAGCAGCAACGUGAGCGGGAAAUUCAACAACAUCAUCUGCAACAACAAAUUCUGCAGCAGCAGCAGCAACAACAACAGCAGAAAGAGGCAGCCGCCGCAGCGGCCGCAGCUGCAGCGGCUGCGUCGCGCAUCGCAAAGCCGCAGACCCCUGCAGCUACGCCGUCGCCAGCACCGCAGUCCGUUACUCCUGUUAGUCAACAGCAGGCUGCAUUAGCUGCGCAAGCAACUCUGCAGAUGCAGUUGCAGCAGAUGCAGAUGUUGCAAAUGGCAUCAAGGGAUCCUGUUGCUUAUUAUCAACAAAUGUCGCAAACAUUUGGACAACCUAUGGCAACGGCUCUUUUGGCGCAGAUUCAAGCCAUGCAACAGCUUCCCACCUCUCAAGCUCAACAGUAUCUAAUGGAGUUGCAAAGGCAGCAACAGAUUAAGCAAGAAGCCGUCGCUGCUGCGUCACCUUCUCCGCAGCCAAAUCCCCAUCUCCAACAGCAACAAGAACGUGAACGUCUUCUGAAGGAGACACAAUUGCGAGUUUUGCGUGAGCGUGAAGUGCUACAGGCACAGCAGCAGGCACAUGUGCAAUCCACGCAUCAGCAGCAGGCCGCAGCCCUCUAUGCAGCGCAAUAUCGACAACAGUUGCUGCAGCAACAACAACAGCAACAACUGCAACAGCAGCACAUAGCUUCUCAGGCUUCACCAGCGCUUUCUCAGACACCGUCUGUGUCAUCUGCAGCUAUGACUCCUCAGCCUAUAACAUCACAGCAAGAGCGAAAGAGUGUGGCAGUGCCGCCGCAGCCUCGGGUUGUGGAGACACCAGCGCAUACGGUGGUUCCAUCAGUGUCAGGUGCAACUCCUUCUCCUUCUGGAUCAGCUUCUACGCCAGGACAUCAUGCCGAUGUUGCAAAGCGAUUUCCAGUGGUAUGGCAAGGAACGUUAGCGAUGAAACAGUCGGAAACGACUGUUCAAAUGCAUCUUGUCUACGGUUCAAUGGAAAUGCUGACACGAUGUCUCGGGGAUGUCGAUUCCGAUCCCAAGAAUGCCGUGCCGAUUCGAGUGAACCAACGAAUGCGUCUUGAACAUGCACAAGUCCAAGUUGCAGGAAUGGUGGCAAAAAUGUCGGAUGCGGGACGUUUUGCUUGUAUGAUAUGUUUGCCAUGCGGACUGUCGCGUGAUGAGAUCAUUAGCAAUUCGGAUAUUUUUCGGACCGCAUUCAUCGAAUAUUUCACAAGCAAGCAGGCUGCUGGUAUAGCUGUUAUGCCGCAAACGGCGACAACAGUCGGAUGUUUGGUACACGUGUUUCCACCAGGCGAGUUUCCCUCGAGCUACCUCCAGUACUAUUCUCCCCAACUUUACGAGUCGAUCACCGCUCGGCAGGCUUCUUAUCUUUUUGUCGUUCUUACCCCUGAUGAAUCCUCACGACAACUUCCAUCGUCGUAGCAUCCAUUGCAAAUACAUCAGAAAAUGUUGAGAGUUGUUGCGUUGCUUGAUCACUAUAAAAUUCUACUCUAAUAAUUGACACGGGCUCAUGGCACGGAAAAGUGGCUGCAUAUCCCGGUGACUGCGACUUACUCUCGCCUGAAAUCAUAUUAGGUAGUGUCUAGAUUUUUCGGUCAUUGUUUAGGGUUGUAGGAAGAGGAAUGUGUUGCUUAAGAUUAAGAUGUAGAUAGUUUGUGUGUGUUGUGUGUAACCUUCAACUGCGUCUCUCGUUUCGUACGGUUCUCUCCGGUUAAUUUUCUUUGUCCUCGCGCAUGCUCUUUUCUUCGUGUCGAUCAUUAUCAAAGUUGUUGAGCGUGACUUCAUUACUGAUCCCCCUUUAUUCGCACACAGGUAUAUACUAUUGUGGAUGUAUGUCUGUUUAUUUUGUGUUUUCCCAUUACAGCAGUUCUGCGCUAUCUAUGUAAUAUUCGAUCACAUCCCGCGAACAUUCUCAGCUUCCUCAUGCGACGAAGUUUAUGCCCCCUCCCCAUGUAUAUGAAAUGUUCACCCGAUGGUUUUUGCUAUCUUUCUCAUUCUUUUCGCGUUAAAUAUAAAUUACUAGCUUCCAUUAUUUCUGUAUUGUUUGUCUUUUCGCACGCGGGCUACUUCUGGCCCCUCCAUGCUCAGAGAUAUAAAUCUAUACAAAUUAAAGUUGGUGUAUGUGUAAGCUUCAAAAUUAGUAUUAGGUCAGCGGGUUAUUGCUUCUACUUGGUCUCAACAGGCAUUGUUUUGAAUAAAUCAUGGG